AUGGCAACACCAGCAAAGAAACAUCGAAAAGUAAUAAAAAUAGCAUUCGAUAAAGGAGAGCAUUGUUCAAAAGAUGAUAAUGAGGAUAGAAGUGCGGGCUUGGAAGAAUCAUAUUUAUGGAUGGAACAUUUAAAAAAUAUCAAAUUAAUGAGAAGUAAAUGGGAUGCACCGGUAGAUAGCAUGGGUUGUCAUAUGCUUGCUGAUGCACUCGCUGAACCGAAGGUAUUUCGUUUUCAAACUCUGUUGUCGUUGAUGUUAUCAAGUCAAACAAAGGAUCACAUAACUGCUGCUGCAAUGCAUCGGUUACGAGAACAUGGAUGUACAGUUGAUGAUUUAAUCGCAAUUUCCACGGAAGAGCUUCAGCAGUUACUGAUUCCAGUCGGUUUCUAUAAGAAAAAAGCUGUGUAUAUCAAGAAAGUAGCAGAAAUUUUGAAAGAGCACUAUGAUAGCGAUAUACCGAAUACGGUUAAAGGACUUUGCUCUCUUCCGGGUGUUGGCGAAAAGAUGGCUUAUCUUGCGAUGUGUAACGCUUGGGACCAGAUGGAAGGACUUGGUGUCGAUACGCAUGUACAUCGUAUCAGCAACAGACUUGGAUGGAUUAAAACUUCAAAUCCAAAAGAAUCUCGGAUAGCUCUAGAAUCUUUAGUUCCACGUGAACAAUGGCAAGAACUAAAUAAAUUACUAGUCGGUUUUGGGCAGCAAACAUGUUUACCUGUUUUACCGCGAUGUUCGGAAUGCUUAAAUAAGAAUAUAUGUGCAGCUGUAGGAGUGAAGAAGAAACGCUGA